UUGCCAAAUGAGAAGCAGAUAAGUGCGUUAUCACAUUAUAUUCGCCAAGGCAGCAAAGUUAUACGAGGAAAUGGAAGAUGGCCGUUGGUGACGUUUUUAGUUAAUACUAUUAAUGGAUCUCAUAAUAUCCCAGUUCAAAUUGACAGUAAAGAAAUUUCAAAUAUCUUAUAA